AUGAAUACAAUUAAUGAAUAUUAAUUAUAAAUACCUGUUACGAAACAACUUGAAUAAAUUAAUGAACAAUCAAAUAUGGAAGGCAGUAUUAUAUUAAGUAAUGAGAGACUGAGUUAAAAAUAAAAAAAAUUAGAAAUUAGAGUAUUUGAUAUAAUUUCUUUUAGUAAAUAACUUCAAGUAGAUUGAUACCUAUUAAUAAUGAAAAGUUACCAAGAUUAUCUCUAAGUAAAUCUCCACCCUAAUAACUUAAAACAAUUAGAGCUAUAACUGAUUAUCAAGCACCUUCUAAAUUAUAAACAAUUAAAUCUUUUAGGACAAAUACAGAAAAUGAUGCAAAUUUUUAUACUGAUGAUGAAAAAGGUAAACCUAAAUUCAGAAGGGAUGAUAAAAAAUCAAAAACUAGCAAUUAGAAAACUGGAAUUUAUGAGAAUCCUUAAAAUAAAAAGUUUAUUGAGUUUGCCGAUUAAAUUAGAAGACUCAAAGAUUAAUUAGAUUCGUUAUAAGUAUAUUUAAUUUUAUUAACUAAGAAAUAUUUGAAUAAUUCAAGAAAGUUAUUCCUAGUUGUGAGGAAUAUUGUUGAAAAAAGAAAGAAUCUAAGAAAAAUUUUACUCAAGAAUGGUAAAGAUGAACUUAUAGAAUUUUCUGAUAUCGAAAAAUAUUGUAGUGUUAAAGAAUUCAUUAAUAUCAAUGGAGAAUAAAAACUAGUUGAUAAAUUAAAUAUCUCAUUAUUAGAUGAUAUUAUCUAUGCCAACGAAGUAUUAGAGAAUUUGAAAAUAUAAAAUGAAAUUCUAGAUAUUAAAGAAAUGGCUGACUAAGUACUUUUUAAUACAAAUUAUGAUUAUAAUAGAAAAAAAUUAAAUAAGCAGGUUGAACAAAAUAUUAAAAAUCAAUUAAGAAGAAGACUUAAAAUUAUCUUUUGA